GCGAGGGCCAGAGGGUCUUUCUGACUACUCCCGAGUCCGAAAGUCUAUGGGAGGUUGGAUUGUUGGGGUUCCGCUUCUUUUGCAGCUACAGCUGAGAGAAACGGAUUUGCGAUGAUAGGAAGUCGUUAAGGAAAAACAAAUAGCCUUAGUUUGUGAUUUUAGUAAACACGUCUUUAUUAACGUCUAAGUCAUAUGAAAAUCAUGGUGAGAGAAGACGAUACUGUAGAUAGGGCCUAACUGACCUGAGCUGUGGGAGCUGUUGGCUCCCUUCCUUUCCCAUCGCUCCCCUUGCCCCGACCCCCUGGACAGCCCAGACAUGACCACAGGGGAGUGUUGCCACCUCCCCGGUUCACUCUGUGAAUGCACUGGCAAUGCUGCCCUGUCAAAAACAGUGGAGGAGUCUGACAACCGUCGCGCGCAGUACGUCACCCAAGUCACAGCCAAAGACGGACGACUGCUGUCGACAGUCAUCAAAGCUCUUGGCACUCAGAGCUCCUUCUCUUUUAGCGAUGGCCCCAUCUGCCGGAUAUGCCAUGAAGGGGGCAACGGAGAGGGCCUCCUAUCCCCAUGUGACUGUACGGGAACCUUGGGCACGGUGCACAAAAGCUGCCUGGAGAAGUGGCUCUCCUCCUCCAACACCAGCUACUGUGAGCUAUGCCACACCGAGUUUACCAUUGAGCGCCGACCUCGGCCUCUUACAGAGUGGCUGCGAGACCCUGGGCCGAGGAAUGAGAAGCGCACGCUGUUCUGCGACAUGGUCUGCUUCCUGUUCAUAACGCCGCUGGCGGCCAUCUCGGGCUGGCUGUGUCUGCGGGGUGCCCAGGACCACCUGCACUUCAACAGCCGCCUGGAGGCUGUGGGCCUCAUAGCACUCACCAUAGCCCUCUUCACCAUCUACGUCCUCUGGACUCUGGUGUCAUUCCGUUACCACUGUCAGCUGUACUCCGAAUGGAGACGAACCAAUCAGAAGGUCCGCCUGCUCAUUCCGGAUGCCAAGGGAGGGCACUCUACCCAGCAUCCCUUGCUCUCCACCAAGCUGUUGAAGAAGACGGCAGACGAGACGAUCGUAUGAGGGCCAGUCUGAGGGAAGGAUGAGAGGGGUGUGUGUUGAGUGUGCUCUGGGUCCUCGUCUCACUGAGGCCACAGCUGGAGCCGCCGCACUUGUGGAUGCAUUUUUUUCUAUUUAAUCCUUUUUAAUCUAAACUUGUGAGCACUUCAUUAUCCACCUUUUAUCCUUUUUUCCCCCCUUUUUUUUCCUCCUCCUAGAAAAAAAAAACAAUCUUAUGUUCACAGGGAAAGAAAAAAAAAUUGGCAAGUUUGAUGCUUGAAAUCCUGCAUAAUCUGUUUGUACAAAAAGAAAAAGAGAAAAAUGCUCACGAAAAAAGGAAUUCACAAGUAAACGAAUGUGAGAUAAUAGCAACUGACCGUGUGUUGCCAUGUAGAGAGGAGAUGCUGGGCACACAUUCAGUGGGAACUGACCAAACCCUCCAGAACAGAUUUCUCCUCACCCUUGUAGGUUGUUUCUUUAAGUUAUUGUCUUUUACCAGUGAAUAUGGUAUGUGUAAAUGAUUCUUGUUCCACUCUGAGGCUUCAUAACCACUGAGUCUAAAAGAAAAGCUCCAAGCGUUCAUCCCUGCUAUAGAGCAACUGCUGAGGGGCUUGUGUGAGUGUGUGUAAGUAAGAGUGUGUGUGUGUGUGUCUGUAUGUGUGUGUGUGUGUGUGUGUGUGUGUGUGUGUGUCUGUCUGUCUGUCUGUCUGUCUGUCUGUCUGUCUGUCUGUGUGUGUGUGUGUGUGUGUGUGUGUGUGUGUGUCUGUGUAUGUGUGUGUGUGUGUCUGUGUCUGUGUGUGUAAGGUGGUUACAGGAAAUCAGUAUUCAUCCAUCCUUCUCUGUGGCGGAUAUGGGAACUUGAAUGCUCCCGGCAGUCUUAGCAGUGUUAGUGGUUUUGUCAAGAUUCCAGUCUUUUUUCCUUAGCAUGUCCCCUGUGUGUGUGAUUGGGGAUGGAGGUAGCAAACGUACAAGAGUGCAAUAAAAAUGCUAUAAAGAAGGCUUGCCCUUAUGAUACUGCAACCAACGCACACAGCUUUGCAUGCAUGCACAAUUUCUUUGCUUUCAGUAUUUUUACUUUUCCUCUGUUUCCACUCAGAUUGCUUGGAUUGGUUGGUUUUGGAGAUCUUUGGAGCCGAGUGCUUAAAAGGAUCUCCUAUAUCUUUUGGUGUCGAUGCAGCAACUGUGCAAGUUGUCGCUAAAUCUGUGGUUAGCAGAAAUAGUAAGAUGAAAUUGCCAAACAUGAAUUUUAUCUUUGGAAGGAAUUUACAUAAGAUUUUUUUAAAACUCUAAUCAUGUGUUAACUUUACAGUACAUGGAAAUUAUUGAUUUCUCCCUCUUUUUCUUCCAUUUCCUUCACUCUUUCUCUCCUGCUUGCACUGUCUUUUGUGUGUGUUGGGUUUUUUUACCAAAAUAUAUCUCUUUGUGCCGAUUCAUAUUAGUUUAGCCAGAGGAGGCACAGUGUACAGCAGAAGUCCGGUUGGUAUACAUAUGGUUGUGUAGCAGUUUCACCCUCUUUGAUAUGCAGCUUUUCAGACUUUCAAAAGACUGUCCUGACUUGUCAUAGUCUUCAAUACCAAGAACGGGUUGUUUUAAACUGUUCCUCAAACCUUGCAACAUUGAAUGAUCGUGUCCUGUCAUUGGAUAACUACAUCAGGUUACCUCUCCUAAAGAAGGAUAUGCAAAAACACUAGCAAUGACCUUAAAGGUGGCCCUUGGUAAAGUCUGUGCAGAAAACAUGUUGCUACCACUGGAUUUUUAUCAAGGAAGUGCCUGUUUUGACUCUGGCGCUGCGGGAGAGCGGCAAGCCACAGUUCAGAAUGGUCAUGAGGACCAACUUGCUAUUUGGACCAUAGUAUUUAUGGUGCACCUUCUUCAAUUGGGUUCAUGCAAAGCCUGCAUCAGUGCAAUUUCCCAGUCAGUAUUUCAUUUGUGUGUUUUGUGUUACAUUUUUGCUGAAUUGAGUGUCCUUUGUAUCUACAGCACAGGUGGAAAAGGUUGACGAUCUUGUAGAAUCUCUGUAACCCUUCUCUCCAUCCAUAAAUCCAUUCCCUCUUGAGGAUGUGGUGCUACUCCAUGCAAGUUCUCAUUUAUUUCGGCCAUCCUGCCUUGGCUUACCAGUUGAAAGCUUUUGGUCAUUGGGCACAGAGAGUGGGGUACCUAUAUGACUGUUGCAGAAUGAGACCUGGAUAUGGCCGAUGGGCCAGUAUAGGCUAAUGUAACCUGGAAUCCACCAUGGACAAAAGAGGAAAUGGGUUAAAGCUUUAUAAGUGCUGUUGCUAUUGUAGGAGACACUAUGUGGAGUGAAUCAUUGUCUGAACUUCUGGUUUCAGUGCUCAGUCAGCUCUGUUGAGUUGAGCUCAGACCUUGUUGCUAGCAUUGGGGAAAAGUGGUCUUGUCGCAGAAAAGAACCCGUUUCUGUAUGCGUAUUUCUCUCUGUCUCUCUCUCUCCCUCUCCCCCCGUAGUGUCAGUGGUCACUCUAAAUGGUUCCUCUCGUAGGAAACUAAACUUUCGUUGUAUGGUUAAUGUUGUGCAAUAGUUAUUCUAGAUCUUUGUUUUGUUUUUGUUUUGUUUUGUUUGUUUUUUGGCAUUACAACCACCAUCACCAGUAUGUUAGACUUUAGGGAGGAAAGACAUGAAGAAUCUCUGAGCAUGGGAAAAAACAAACAAACAUAUGUGCAGUGUCGGCCCCGGGGCCUUUAGUGACGCCCUCUCAAAAAAAGACAACAUAAAGGACAAAAAAAAACUUGUCUCUUGGUGUGCUUCCACCUGAAAUGUUGGUUGCCUUUGUACACUUGGGGCCAACUUCUGGAGACUUUGUAACGUAGGAUUUAGUAACAAGAGUGUGCAAUUUUAAUAACAUUACAAUGCAAUUCUUACCUGUAACCUUAAAAACACACACGCAUAUAUAUACCUAUCUAUAUUAAGAACGUAAGCGAAACCUAGAUGUAGACGACAUUACUUAUGAAGGAUCAUGAGGACACCCAUGCAGGAGGAAAGGGGUGGGGCCAGCCGUGACAAAGGCACUCUGGGGCCUGUGUUGCCUGUGCUGUGCAACAGCGCUUCUGCAAUAGGUAGUGUCCAGGCCGAGUCCAUACUUCAGUGUUAAUCCAGCUGACCACCACAAGUCCUUCUCUCCAAAGAUGCAUGCAUGUUUUUUGUUUUUGUUUUUGUUUUGUUUUCCUCUGUCUCCUUAGCUAUCUCUUCUGUCUCAGUAUGAUAUGGCGCUUUCAGAAAUAUACCAUGGAAAAACAAUUGUCUCAUUUUUAAUAAUCCAUGUUUAAAAGGGAUUUAAAACCAAUUGUUGAUGUAAUAAUUUCCUUUGUUAAUAUCCUUUGGGGAAAUAUAAACAAUUCCAGGUUUAUUGUAAAAUGGAAAGGAGGCAGUUAUAUUCCAGUGUCAUGCUCUUUUUUUUUUCUAAAGAAAAAAAAAAAGAAACACCAUGAAUUGUAAACAUGUUUUUACUUGUCUUUGUUUUUAAUAUCUUAAUUUUGCCACUGUGGUUUUAAAGGAAUUCAUCUGUAUCAUUUGUAAUUUAUGUUCUCAAUUAUUUCAUUAAGCACAGGAUUUUUAUCACUCUAACAUGUUUUGAGAUGCUGUAAUGUUUAUGUUGUGCAGUGGGAAAAGAAGGUGUGUCUGUAAUGUCUUCACCAAAAUUUGUUGGUGCUUGCAAUCAGCCAAGAAAAGUGUGCAAAGCAAAUUAAAAAUGACGCUACAAAUCUGUCCAACAGAAA